AUGGGCUCAACAACUUCCGCCGAGUCAAGAGGGCAGUAUUCAAAGAUGAACAGGCAGACGACUUCCAGUGUCAUUUGGCAGCCUCUGGACGCAAAGCGCAGCAUGUCACAAUUGGAGGGCAGCAUGUCCCUGCACGCCCUGCUCUUGUGGGUUGGCAUGCCGGUCUGCCUGGCAGUGCAGAACUUGAUCCCACCACUACGACCAACCUGUGCAAGUGGCUUCAGCAACUGGUCAUUCUUGCUGCUGCUGUUGGUGGAGGCUCAUCAUAUCUACCAAGAGAGGAAAGCUUGGACAGCUGUGCGCGAUCUGAUUACCCCGCCGGAGCUGUCUGUAUUGAGGCAGCUCGGAAUUCUGCGGAUGCGACUACGUCAUGUCAUCUUAGGUAUCUUGGAGGAUGUCGACUUGUACAUGGAUUUCGCUUUUCCCUUCGUCGCACUCGCGUGCGACCGGGAUGACCCGAGCAAUCCGAUGACCGAGCACUGGGCCGAAGCCUGGAGACAGGUUCCCAUCCUGGGCCACCUCUUGGCGAAGAUUGAGGAGGAGAGCGUCUUUGUGUACUUCGGUUCCGGAUGUUUUUGGCACGUCCAGCAUGCCUUCAUCGAAGCGGAAGCCAACCUUUUGGGCCGCAACGCCUCGACCUACACGUCACUCACAGGCUAUGCCGGUGGCAACAGCGUGAAUGGAGAUGGCAAAGCCUGCUACAAUGACUACGCUCAGCUGGGCCACACAGAGGUUGUUGGCCUUACUAUACCCUUGAGCAGGCUGCCCGAUUUCGGAGCAGUCUUCUGGUCAUUGUUCGUGGGGAAAGACCGCGUGGAUGUGAUGGACAUAGGUGCGGAUUACCGUGCUGCCAUUGGCGUGCCGGGUGGCAUCAGCUCCUCGCUGCUCCAGACGGUGAACGCCAGCCAGGCGAGUCGGGCCCAGCGCGAUGGCUGGUGGUUUGAAGUCAGGGCAGGCAAUGGCGACGAUUAUGACACCUUGGGCAAGGCCCUCGUGUGGGUCUAUGAUACCGCCCUGUAUCCGUUCUACCAGGCUGAAGUGUACCAUCAGUUUCACGACGACUUCCUGCCUGGUGGCAACUACCCGCAGGAAUACAACGAUCUCGUCCACGCUCUCCGUGAAGAUGGCCGCCUAACUUCGACCGGCUGCCCUCGAGACCAGGCUUCAGCUGUGUCUGCUGCCCACCCGGUGGUGCUGUCCAUCGUCUUGCUGUUCGCUGUGUACAGGCACACACAAUGA